AUGCAAAAAGUUAAAGAAAUCUGGUGCCAACUUCUGGGAACGAAAGAUUUCGGGCCACAUGAUGAAUUCUUCGCUGUUGGUGGGCAUUCUCUAACACUUGUGCUGCUACGGAACAAGAUUCGAGAGCAGUUCGGAUUCGAGCUUCAGUUCGAUCGCUUUUACAAACGACCAACAUUGCUGGCACUAAUAGAGGAUAUAUUGAUGGCGAAGAAGUAUGCAAACACGGCCGUUCUAGAGAGAGUUUCUGGAUGUACUACUGAUGAGGACCACCACAUCCCACUAUCGCCAGUGGACGGUGCAUCAACUGAUGAGCACCUCCUCGUCGUGAAUUUUGUCAAACUCCGAGAGAACAGUGCUGCUACUGGCAACCUGUACAUGAUUCACGCAAUUGCUGGCACCAUUUACCCAUACUACGGAAUCCUGGCCAGCAUACCUGAAAGUCUCAACUUAAAUACGAUGUGCAAUAUCCAUCAACAAGUUUAA